AUGGCAACCCCUUCACCCGAAGACCUGAACGCAACCCGCGAAGCAGACUAUAAACGCUUCAAGAACUAUGCCGCCUACACAUUCCUAAUCGGCGCACCGAUCCUAAUCGCCCUCCCACCACGCAAACUGGACCCUCUCACCGUCCUCGUCCUCUGCUCCUUCGGCGCCUCUGCCAACCACAUCGUGCACGAGCGCACAGGACGUAGCAUAGUCGAACGCAUUGACGCGCGCAUCUCCCGGAUGCAAGGGACACUCUCCUCCCUACCCAGCGAGCGCGCACUGGAGAUCCAAGAACGCCUCCGGGCCGCGCGCGACGCGCAGCUCCGCCUGGCCGAGCAUGAGCAAUUGAAGGCGCGGAUUUUGGCGCUUUCGGAUAAACAGCGCCGGGAGCCUGAUUCGGGGUUGAUGGAGGAGAUUGAGAAGCUUAAGGCGAGACAGGCGCAGGAGGAGGGGGUGGUGCAGCGGCUUUGGAUGGGUGGGGAGUCUGAGGGGUGGAAGGAGAGGAGGUUGAGAGAGGAGCAGAAGGCGCUUAGCGAAGGGAAGGGAUAUGGAGAUUUGAUUCAGGAGCAUAUUUGGGAUGUUUGGACUUGGGGUGAGAAGGAUGGGAAGGCGGGUGAGGGCGUUAAGGAUGAGACUGUUGAGAAGAAGGAUUGA